AUGUAUCUAGACAAGCCUUUACCACUAACGCCAGGCCGCUUGGCUCUUACUCCAAGUCCAUUAGGUUCGGCACCGCUAGCAGCGAAGGAUCCUUUCUUCACAGAAUGGAAAGCACCAGUGUUUAAGCCGCCAAAGAAGAAGAGGACAACUCGGCAAGUAAAGAACAACACAAUCGAGCUUUCGGAAGAUAAUGGUUGGGGCAUUUUGCAAGAAGGACCGCGGGACAACAAAUUUUACAGCAUCAUAGACCCAAGCCAACGAUUUGAAGCAGAGGAUUACCAGGCUUUGAUUGGAUCCAUGACUCCGGAUUCUCCAGUUUCGAAGUACAGCCCCUUCCGUCGUUCAUUCUCAGACUACGAACCAAGUCCAAUAUCACGGCCCACGUCGCCUGACCCACCUUCACCAGACCUGACCUCUCCAAGCUUAAUGUCACCACGGAUCAGUGAUGUACUCGAUCAGCCAAUGAUGCCAGAGAUCUUUCAAUUUGAUGAGGUUGAUGAAGACGAUAUCAUCAAAGACAGAGGGCCUUGGGAGGGGACAGCGUACCUGAAGCCAAAUGGCGGGGCCGCGCACUCUUGUCUUGAGGAGAAGACCUACCCACAGCAUGAUCAAGAGCAGGAACAUGCAGAAGAACGUUCAUACUCGUUUGCGACAGAUGACGAUACGAAUGUUGACGAUCAUGCUGUAGCUAUGGCAGCGCUGGAAGGAGAGACAGGCCAACCAGAUUCACUGGUUCCGGACGAGCCAUUGCUUCGCCGGCCUUCUCGUUCGCCGCGAUACAAACCUGAUCAUAUAUUCAGGACACCUGCCAUUGGUAUGACACCGUACCAAUUGUAUGGCGUCAAGGCUCUCGAGUCGCCGAAGAAACACUCCAAAUCUCGGGAUGGCAAAAAACACAAGCCUAGAUUUGGAAGUCAGUCCUCUACGAACUCUGAUUCAGCUAUGAAGAGCGAUCGUUUCAGGGGGAAUCGGUUGAUCGCGGCCUUUGAUAAUGGGGCGAAAAAACGGCAGAAGGAGGAGAAGAGGGAAGAGAGGAGGAGAAAUGUCAUUGCCCGCCAGGACAGGGCUGCGGAAUCGAAUCGAUUUUGA